UUGAGGCACUAAUUAACAAUUCCCAAUCUGAAUAACUUAGAAGUAGUCACAACACAACACAAUAAAAUAAUUUUCAGGAAUCCAGCAAUGAAGUGGUGAAUCAAUCUAUAGUGUGGUGGUAUGAAUAAUGGUCAAAGUAACCAACGAAGCCGGCUGGGCGGCAGAACUGGUGGGUCCUACGUGCUCAUGUUUUGCCGCGAGAUUUCAAACCGGAUGGAGUUACCCAAAUGACCACUUUCGAUUACAGACAGAAUCAGACAGCUCACAGCUCUGUUGAAUUAGCAUAAGGGUUAAUCGGUCAUUUCGUAAUCUGCCGUCCUAGACUUUUCGUCUCCGGCAUAUUGAAUCGGUUAAUCCUACUGUUUCCGUUGACAUCAAAAACCCAAUAACCAACUGACACUAACUGACUCCCGCCACCGCCAUGGCCACCGUAACCGUCACCACUCGCUCUCAAAUCCUCUGCUACACCGCCUCAUUCAUCUCCGGCGUUCUCUCUCAACCCGAACUCCGCCGCCGCCUCAUCGCCACCCUUCUCAACCUCACUCCGAUCACCAACCAACUCACACUCAAACACCUCAACCUCGCAGCAGACUCUCUCGAACGCGCCAUCUCCCUCUCCACCCCGGCUCUCCGCUCCUCUUCCCUCUCCCUCGCCGAGAAGCUUCUCCUCCCUCUCCCUGAAUACCCUGUCUCCUCCUUCCUCCUCUCUCUAAUCCGCUCCCUCUCCAACCGCCCCGACGAAUCUGCAACCAGCCUCCUCCGAAUCUUCCACUCUAGCCCUUCCCUCGCCCGGUCGGAAAUCGCGCCUUCUCUCUACGAACGCCUCUUCUCCCUCCACCUCCUCCCUGUUUUCUGGCGAUUUGAUCAACUGAGAUCGCAAAUUUUGUCCCACGACGACACCGGUGAUUACUCCGAUUCCGAUUACUCCUCCGCGGUCCUACCUUCCGCGAAACUGCUUUCGAAGAUGAGCGGGGAUCAAGCCUCGAAGGUGAGAGAGCUGGAGGGAGAGUACUCUGAGGUUCUGGAUGAGAAUUGCAGAAUUCUUGCGGAGUAUUUCAAAGAGGUUUUGGUGAAUAGAGACGGAGACGCCACGUCAAUUAGUCCGCCAUUGUUGAUACUGAAGAGCGCCGCAGAAGAUGGCGGCAGGGAGAAGGAGAACAGAAAGGAGCAAAUACCGACGGAGCCGCCGCCUGUGUUGCAGAAUGGACGGUAUAAUCCAAUGUGGUCUGAAAGGGAUGCAUCUACUGAAUUUUUGAGCAGCAGUUCUAGUGGUAGAUCCUCCCAUUCACCAUUAUAUCCUCAAAGAGUCUCUCCCAGAAUCCCCAAACCCCCAAAACCUUCAAAACAUUGGACAUCACCAGUCUAUUUAAACUCACCCGCCGAAACUGUAUUCACUCUAGAUGAGAAUUUACUUUGUUCCACAUCAGAUUCUGAAGCAGAAAAUGAGGAAAAGGACAAAAACAUGGCAUUGUUGAAGCCUCGACGAAGCCAAUCCCAGGAACAAAUGCAAACCGUCUUCAAAGAAUCCAGAGGUUCCCCAGAUUCUCCAAUGGCAGACUACGACAACCCGCCGCCGCAUGGAAAUGGAAAGCAACCACCUCCCAAAGAUUUUGUGUGUCCAAUCACUAGUAACAUAUUUGAUGAUCCGGUGACUCUUGAGACUGGUCAGACAUUUGAACGCAAAGCUAUUGAGGAAUGGUUCAAUAGAGGAAACAUAACUUGUCCUAUCACUCGCCAGAAGCUGCAAAAUACUCAGCUACCAAAGACAAAUUAUGUGCUCAAAAGACUAAUUGCAAGCUGGAAAGAACGCAACCCGAAUUCUGUCCCUCCACCAUGUGAGAGUUCAUGUGAAGAUAGUGCAGAUGCAGAGACAGUGGUGAAGACAACAACAAUGCCUUCAACUUCUCCUAAUAGUGUUAUAACACAAGCUACAGUUGAUGGGAUGAUCAAUGAGUUACGCUAUGCAAUCAAUAACCUGUAUAUGUCAGAGAUUCUUGAGGAAUCUGAAAAGGCUGUGCUUCAAAUUGAGAAGCUGUGGAGAGGAGUGAAUCUGGGAGUGGAUAUCCAUAGCAUGCUCUCAAAGCCUCCUAUAAUUAAUGGUUUUGUUGAGAUCCUUUUCAAUUCUGUGGAGCCCCAGGUGCUUCAAGCAGCAGUUUUCCUUCUGGCUGAGAUGGGGUCUAGAGACAAUGCUGUGAUUCAGACUCUCACACGUGUGGACACUGAUGUGGAAGGUAUCGUGGCUCUUUUUAAGAAAGGGUUGACAGAGGCUGUUGUGCUGUUGUAUCUCCUAAACCCUUCUGAUGUGAGUCUUACAGAGAUGAACAUGGUGGAGUCUCUCAUAUCAGUUUUCAGUGAGAAAGAGGAAGACUUAGUUAAGAUGUGUUUGAAGCCGAAAACAGCUGCAGUGCUUUUACUGGCACAUAUUACUGGAAGCAGUGAGGAGAUUAUUGCAUCUUCUGCUGUCAAGACUUUGUUCUCUGAAAAAGCAAUUGGAACUAUUGUGGGAAGUUUGGGAGCUGAGUGGGGAGAGGAGAGGAUUGCUGCAGUGGAGAUCUUAUUGAGAUGUAUGCAAGAGGAUGGGACUUGCAGGAACACCAUUGCUGAUAAAGUAGAGCUGUCUCCUAUUUUGGAAAGCUUCAUUAGUGCCAAUGAUGGAGAGCGUUUUAAGAUUGUUACAUUUUUCUCUGAGUUAGUCAAAUUAAAUAGGAGAACAUUCAUUGAACAAAUCCUCCACAUUAUAAAGGAAGAAGGACUUUUUAGUACAAUGCAUAUUCUCCUUAUUCAUUUGCAGACAGCCCUUCAAGAUCAAUGUCCAGUCAUGGCUGGCCUCUUACUCCAACUGGAUCUUCUGGAUGAACCAAGAAAGAUGAGCAUAUAUCGUGAAGAGGCGAUAGAUACUCUUAUUUCAUGCCUGAGAAACACAGAUUUCCCUGCUACCCAAUUAGCAGCUGCAGAGACAAUCAUGUCACUGCAAGGGAUGUUUAGCUUCUCUGGAAAACCUCUUAUCAGAGAAGUCCUUCUUAAACGAGCAGACACUCGCAAAAGUUCCAGAAGUUCUGUACCUGUGGAUCAGAUGAGCACCUUGUUCCCAGAGAUUGAAAUUACUCCAGAAGAAGAGAAGGCAGCUAAUGAUUGGGAAAGAAAAAUUGCCUUUGUCCUAGUUAGUCACGAAUUGGGCAUAGUUUUCGAAGCUUUAGCAGAUGGCAUGAAGAGCCGAAAUCCACAACUACGUUCAGCAUGCUUUACUUCAGCUGCGUGGCUUGUAUACAUGUUGACCAUUCUACCAGAUACAGGAAUACAUGGAGCAGCGCGAGUCUGCUUGUUGAAGCUGUUCUUAAGUAAAUUAAAUUCUGCUAAGGAUGUAGAAGACAGAAUCCUUUCUAUGCUUGCUCUCAAUAGCUUUCUUCAUUUCUCUGAUGGCUUACGUGAUAUAAGUUCCUACAAUAACGAUAUCUUAAAAGGUUUGCGAGAGCUAAAGAGAUCGUCUCCCUUGGCAUCUGAAAUGCUAAAAGUUUUGGUCAAAGAGAAUGAGUCCACAUCAGACAUUUGGAUACAUAAAGAGCUAAUCCAAGUAGAAUGCAGAGAGAAUGGAGGAGUGUUGUCUGUCAUCUGCUUUAAGGAUAAAGUAUUUUCAGGUCAUGCAGAUGGCAGUAUUAAGGUCUGGAAAUUAAAGGAUAACUUAUUCCAUCUAUUGCAAGAGAUCCAAGAACACACUAAAGCUGUGACAAACUUGGUGAUUUCAGAAUCUGGGGACAGACUAUACAGCGGUUCACUUGACCGAACUACUAAGAUCUGGUCUAUUGGAAAGACAGCAAUACACUGUGCACAGGUUCAUGAUAUGAAGGACCAGAUUCAUAAAUUAGUUGUAACCAAUAGCAUAGCAUGUUUCAUCUCGCAGGGGGCUGGUGUCAAGGUUCAGCCAUUGAAUGGAGAAUCAAAGUUGUUAAAUUCUAAUAAAUAUGUGAAAUGCUUGACUCAUGCUAAUGGGAAAUUAUACUGUGGAUGCCACGACAGUAGUGUCCAGGAGAUACAUUUGGCCACUGGAACAGUUAGUAGUAUUCAAAGUGGUUCUAAAAAAUUGCUUGGGAAAGCAUAUCCUAUUCAUGCACUUCAAAUUCAUGGUGAACUUAUAUAUGCAGCUGGCUCUUCCUUGGAUGGAUCUGCUGUAAAGAUAUGGAACAAUUCCAAUUACAGUUUGGUUGGAUCACUGCAAACUGGAUCUGAAGUGCGGGCUAUGGCAGUGAGUUCAGAAUUAAUUUAUUUGGGGUGCAAGGGAGGUGCUGUAGAAAUUUGGGAUAAGAAGAAACAUAGUAGAGUUGACACAUUACAAGUGGGUACGAAUUGUAAGGUUAAUUGCAUGGCUCUAGACAGCAUUGAAGAAAUUUUGGUGAUUGGAACUUCAGAUGGCCAAAUUCAGGCUUGGGGAAUGAAUUAAAAGCAGAUCUUCAAAAUGUGCUGAUACAAGAAGACAAAGAUGUACUUACACAUGACAAUUUUAGAUUCAUUAAGAAAUGCUUUCAUUUUUUAGGUUCCUUAGGAGCCGUAUAUAGCUCAAAGGUUUUUUAAUCACAUAUUUAUUUUAUACAUACAGGUGCCUUGUACAUAGAUUCACUUUCUGUAUAUGUAGAUAUGAUUAGUUUGCAAUAUGUGUAUGAAACUGACUUUUUAUGCUAUUUUUUUCAUGCUUUUAUCCCUUUUCCCCUUUAGUUAAGGGUAUGUUAGGAUUAUAAUAUGAACAUGGAAGAAAGUCAGAAAGAAGAAGAAAAUUUUAUAUCCA